AUGUCAGGUCUAGUCAAAUUACUUGGUGCCAUCGCUCCACCUCCCGCUGCCCCCUUAUCGAGGGAAUACGAUGGUCUGGAAUUCAGAUGGAAGAUGUUCACUUUCCGACCUGCGGCAUUCAAGUUUGAAGCUGCCGUGUUAGGUAUCGUAGGUUUCUACCUGUUGAUUUACCUUGUUGGUAAGACCAUCAACACUGGUAGAGCCAAAUCAGCGAUCAAACCAUUUGAAUCCCUCUUAUCAUCUCAAUUCACCCAAGUCCGACCUCUCCUCUCAUCUUCACCUGCCCUGCACCUCUUGUAUGCAAGUGGUCGACGAAAUCUCUUAUCACUCCACACGACCGUAUCGUUAUUACCCAUCCACGAUCUCGCCGGUCUAGUCAUCCAUUUCGUUAAAACGAUCAUCGAACCUACUUACAGUGGAGCUGAGCAAAUCAACUUUGAUUUUACCCUUGGAAGGGGUGAGCUGGGUCUUCAAGGUGAAGGAUUGGGUGUAUGGGGGUUGGUAGAUAAGUCUGCUAUGAGGGAAACUAGGGAGAAAAGAUGGGAUUUGACUUUCCCCAAGCUCAACGACUCAGCUACAAACCUCCCUAUCACCCAUGCACUCUUUACUGAACAUGUAGAAAUCACCGAUUUGUUAUUGAAAACUCCCAAUAUCGGUAUUAGUGAGGUAUUGAAAGAUAAGGAUGCUGCUAGUGUGCUUCAAUACUUAUUAAUCUCCGAUGUCCCAGCUACCCGACCUUCCCGUGGCCCCUUAUCAUCUAAAGCCAAAUCACGACACGUCAUCCUAUCAGUAUACAAACCUACCACCCCUGCUCAAAUCGACGCUGUCAAAGCUUGGAUCCAAGUCUCUUUGAACAUCGUUGACCUCUUGGCAAAAUCGGCUAGUGGGGGAUUACUCAAACCUGAUAUUUCUCGAAAAUUAAUCAAGACUCGACAAACUGUUGAUGCUGAUUUGGCUGUUGAUUAUAAAAAGGAACAAGAUGAGGAUAAACCUGCAGAGGAAACUCCCGAAGAGAGAAGGGCAGCUAAAAAGAGGGCAGAAAGGGAAAAGUUGUCAGAGAAGGAAUUGAAAAAAUUGGAGGAUCUGGAGAAGAAGAGGGAGAUGAGGAAGAUGCAGAAGAAACAGGCUAUGGGAGGGAGAUAG